AUGAAAGAAACAUUUAAUAAUAACGAUAAUACAAUACAUACUACAAAGUCAAUCGACUUUCAACCUAGUCCACACAUAAUCCAAAAGCCUUGUUUUCAUUGGCCAGUUAUUAGAACUUAUUUGAAAACAAGGUUCACUGGUCUUUGGGUAGGUAAGGAAGAAUUCUCCAAGAACACCUGGAAUGAUAUAUUUAAUCCAUUCCAACAACUCGUCCACUUAAACAAACAUCAUUGGAAUUUCUUUUUACUUGGUUUUUUUGCUUGGGCAUGGGAUGCUUUUGAUUACUUCACCACUGCCUUGAAUAUUUCAAACAUUGCUGAAAGUUUAGAUGUCUCAAUUAAACAAGUUUCUUGGGGUUUAACCUUGGUGUUGAUGUUGAGAACUAUUGGUGCUAUUAUUUUUGGGGCUAUGGGUGAUAUGAGAGGUAGAAAAUGGCCCUAUAUUAUCAAUUUGGGUCUUUUGAUUAUAAUUCAAAUUGGUACUGGGUUUGUGAAAACUUAUGCCCAAUUCCUUGGUACAAGAGCUACUUUCGGUGUUGCUAUGGGUGGGUUAUAUGGUAUUUGUGCAGCCGAAGCACUUUCAGAUGCACCUACUGCUGCUAGAGGUGUCUUGUCAGGGAUCUUCCAACAAGGUUACGCCUUUGGUUUCUUGCUUGCAACAAUUUGUCAACGUGCACUUACUUACACCACUCCUCAUGGAUGGCGUUCAUUGUUUUGGUUCAGUGCUGGUCCACCAGUUCUUUUGAUUAUCUGGAGAUUGUUUACACCUGAAACUGAUUCAUAUCAAAGAAUUAAAGAAAGAUUUGAAGCUGGAGCAUUAGAGAAGAACUCCAAAGCCAAAGAAUUCAAAGCACAAGCUAAGGUGGCACUCAAACAUUAUUGGCUUGUUAUUAUCUUCAUGGUGUUUAUGAUGUCUGGGUUCAACUUCUCAGCUCAUGGUUCCCAAGAUUUAUAUCCUACCUUAUUGGAAAAGCAAUACCACUUUGGUGAAGAUAGGAGAACUGUUAUUCUUGUUUGUGCAAAAUUAGGUGCUAUUGUUGGUGGUCUUAUAAUUGGUCACGUAUCCAGUGUUGUUGGUAGAAGAUCAGCCAUUUUAAUUGCAAAUCUUUUCACGAUUGCUUUAACUUAUCCUUGGGCUUAUAAGCCAAUGUGGGCUACUGCCUUCUUUAUGCAAUUCGGAGUUCAAGGUGCUUGGGGUGUUGUUCCUAGCCAUCUUUCAGAAUUGUCACCACCACAAUUUAGGGCUUUCGUUACUGGCGUAUCUUAUCAAUUAGGUAAUUUGGCUUCUUCAGCAACUAGUACAAUUCAAGCCACUUUGAGUGAGAAAUUCCCUAUUGAUGCCGAGGAUGAAGUUUAUGAUUACAGUAAGACAUUGACAUUGUUCGUAUUGGCCGUUCAAGUCUUUAUAAUGAUUGUUGUUUUCUUUGGCCCUGAAAAUAGAAAUGCAGAUCUAAAUGCAGAAAGCGAAAGUGUUUAUGCUACAGAAGAAGAUUCCGCUGAUGAUAAAUCAAAGGAAAGUGAUCUUAAGAAUGCUUCUGAUAGAGUUUAG